UCGCAAAUGGACAAACAGAUUCUGGUUUUCCCCAAAGCCCGAGGGAGAAUGAGACAAGCUAUUCACACAGAACAAAGCAACACCAAGACCAAAGACCAACCCAAGGCAUAUGUUUUGUUUUCAAGUCCCAGUCCCACCAGCUUCACAGUUCACACCACCCACACGAGCGGCUCUAAAUCCGAGUGCAUCACUCUCUUCUAAUUUCCCAUUUUCUAUAAGACCCCCUCUCUAAGCUCAGAUUUUUGAUGAACUCUCUUUCCUCUCCCUCUUUCUCAUUUCAGAUUUGUUGCUCAUCAUAUCUUCCAUCUCUCGCUUCCUUCUCUGCCAAAACAAAAUCCAUUUUUCUCUAAGCUCUUUUUGUGGUUCACUCUAGCCAACAAGUCUUGACAGAAAAACCAACACCCCCUUGUUAAUUGUUGCCAUUGCACCUGUAGUGUCGGCAAAUACCCAGUUUAGUUAGUUUCUUGCUGCUUGUUGAGAUAUUGUUUCUUUUUUUUUGGGGUUUGGUUUUUCUGGUGUGAGUGCGUGUGUCAAUUAAUGGGUCCUCAACAACAUCACCAGAUGAGGACUGACUCUAGUUAUCGUCCAGAUUUGAAUUUUUUUCCAUCACAACUGUGUCUCUCAAAAACCACCUUUGGAGUCGUGGCUAAUUCGGAAAUGGGUUACGGUGUUCAUGACAGAAAGAGCGCCUUGUCUCUGAAUCUUGUUGGAGAUGAAUCUGAUCAUGAUGUUGUUAUACAGAGCGCUGCUGGCGAAACUAAACUUUGUGUUAGAGGCCAUUGGAGGCCAGCUGAAGACUCUAAACUCAAAGAACUUGUGGCCCAGUUCGGUCCUCAAAACUGGAACUUGAUUGCUGAGCAUCUUGAUGGCAGAUCAGGGAAAAGUUGCAGACUGAGGUGGUUUAACCAGCUAGAUCCAAGGAUCAACAGAAUGGCUUUCAGUGAGGAAGAAGAAGAGAGGCUUUUAUCUGCUCAUAGACUUUAUGGCAACAAAUGGGCCAUGAUUGCGAGGCUCUUCCCUGGAAGGACUGAUAAUGCUGUCAAGAACCAUUGGCAUGUCAUCAUGGCUAGAAUUCACAGAGAGCAAUCCAACGUUUACAAGAGAAGAAAGCCCUCUUCUAAUUCUCAGGCUGUUAUUAUUCCUCAACAUGAUCAUGAUCAUGGUCAAGAAGAUGGGGCUAAGAACAAUGCCUCUAGUGAUCGUUCAACAAUCUCAAUCAACACCAGUAAUGAUGAAUCUGGCUCAGCAGCCUCUGCCUCAACAUGUACUAAUCUCUCCCUCACUCCCUCAAACAGACCACUUCUUCCCAGUUUUUUCAAGAACAUCAAUCCAUUUCAGCAACACAAAACCUUUGGAUCACAAAUGGUUGCAGGCGCUGGCAGGAUCGAGGGCAAUGAGAAUGGUCAGUUAUCAGACUCGAACUCAGAAACUUCAGGAGAUGAAUCAGUACUCACCACCUAUAGGACCAACAGCAAUAAUGUUUCUUCCAUGUCCAGAGAAGCUCAAAGUGACAAGAUCAGCGUGAUGCCAUUCAUUGAUUUCCUAGGAGUAGGCUCUACUUAAAACAGAGAGAUUUGGCAAGUGUGCAAGAAAGAGCUUAAUUAAACCAAAUAGGACACCACCAUGGUUUUUGUAUGAUGCAGAAAAAGUGGGGUGGGCAUCUCUACAGAGUCUUGGAUGUACAGUUGGUUCCAUUAAAAAGCAAAAGGAGAAGAAAUCUAGUAGUAAUAUAGCUAGCUAAGCUACUUAGGUGAUGAAGAAUAGGAGAAAUCUAGCUAGAGAGUAAGAUGGGGGAAAAAUAGUUAUGAGGUUGAAAAUAAUUUUGAAAACCGUUUUUGAAAUUUAGCAGCAACAGAGUCAGUGAUGAGUGUUGUGGUAAAUAGGGCAAAGCAAAAGACAGAGUUGCUUCUCAUAAACUACUACUGUAUCAGUAUGCACUUGAAUCAAAUGAAUGAAGGGAACGUGCCCAUAUUUCUUGA